AAGAUUUAAGUGUGUCCCAUAACACAGCACUCAGCCCAGUGUUCCUGACCAAUGUACCCACGUACACAGACUCUAAUUCUGAUGCAGACCUGACAGAUACGGAGCAUUUGUCUGUGACUCGGUGCAGAGCCAAGAACAACGAUGUGUUCCAAGAUAUUUAUGUGUCUGAUUGGAGCUGUGCAUAUAUACUUUCAGGUCCUUGCAGCGGUCGAAGAUCUCUACAUUGCCGAGCUGAUGGUGGAGAGUAAUGUUACUAUGGAGGCCGACCAGAUCCUUUCCAUUUUGAAUUCAACACAUGACAUCAAACUGUCUGACUUGACCACAGUGAUCCUCUCCCACAAUGAACUGGUUGCAGAGUGCCUGCUUAUUCGAAAUGAAUCCACCUGCAGCUGCAGUACCGGCUACAUUUGGAGCAACCCGGUGUGCAACCAAUUCAACUGUUGCCGGGAGGCUCCUUGUCCUCAAAAUGUGUCCCACAUCGUGCCACUCUGUGUUGCCAAAGUCAUGUUCACCUCAAUGGAUCAGUGAUAUUGGCGACUUGCACCUGGGAUUCAGGAAAAACCUCCAUGCUUGUAACCAGCUUUGCAGGUCUGAAUGGCUUCAACUUCCUGAAUGUAACCGGUCAGAGGGAGGUCAACAAAGUUGCUGACUUCGAGGCAGCGGUCACCGUCAAAAUGCCAACUGAUAGACUUCAUGACAUCGUCCGUUAUCUGGAAAUCAAUCUUGGAGCUGUGCUUAAGAUUGACACUGAAGGAAUGGUCACCAUAGAGGCCCCAACGACUACAGUGUGCUACGAGUCGACUCCGCAACUGAAAUGCAAAUUUGAGGAGGUGUCGGACAACGCUGGCUGGAGCAAGAAGACUUUGAAUGAGAGCCUUGGCCUCAACACAGGCAGCGUGGUGAAAAUGAUUGACAACUGUGCCACAGAGGAAUACAAGUCUUGUGUCGGAGUUAAACUCCAGAAUGUGACAGGCCUUUGGUCAGGCUUAUAUGAGUGUGCAUUCACCAGCGGGUCAGUCAGGCACAUAGCCAAGACAUCACUGACAGUCGUGCUCCUGCCUGACUAUAUCAACCUGGACAUCGACCCUAUUUCUGCAGACUGUUCUGAAAAGACACCAACCCAAAAGGUUACCAUGAGGGUCAAUGCGACCAUCUCAGACUCCACUGAAAGCUACAAUGUUUGGUGGAGCUUCAAUGGUAAACGGAAGGGUAAUCUAUACAACACGUCUGAUGGAUAUGACCUAGUCUACACUUUCUCCGUUGACAUCAGUUGCCAAGAAAACCCUGUCUCACAAGAGGUUUCUGUCACCUUUGAGAACAUCGUGGGGCAAAAUAAAAGUGCAAAAGUGAUUAUCCCAGUGGUUUAUCAGGGGGCACCAUUUUGCAAAGCGGGAUAUGACGACACUGGAGAGUUUUGGCCAAUUUGCCCAGCUGAGGACACAUUGAUUGAUAAGAAAUGCAAACCGGGCAGAGUUGGCUAUAGGUCACGCACUUGUAAAGGCAGAAAUUGGCAGCCUCCGAUCUCCUUCUGUGUCGACCAAGAGUUGAAUAAAGUUUCAAAUGCUGCAGAUUACUUCCUGAUGGGACUUGGGGCUACCGAGGAGGGAGCCGUCAAUAUAUUUUCCGGACUUAAGAACAGAUCUACAGUCGAUUCGGAUUCCCCUGACUCAAUCGCCGACAUUUAUCAAUCCAUCGAUGUUCUAAAUGUGAUGGCGAGAGCAUCAGAUAAUUUUCUCUUGGAAGAGAACAUCUUUCCUGAUUUUGUUGAUGCAGCAAGCAAUCUAUUGAACGGGUCCUGGAGUAAUGUGAACCAAUCCAGGAAAGAGGAUAUGGCAGCAAACUACCUCCGGUCUGUGGAGGGUCUGACAGAGAAUAUCAACGUCAACAAUAGCAAAGAAUUCGGCAGUAACAAUUUGGAUCUCAAAUUCUGCUCGAGUUCUGACUGUAAUGUGACUGUGUUUGGCAUUGACGUAAAUCUGAACAAGACCAACGGAACAUUGAAAGCUGUUGGCAUCAAAAACCUAAUGGAUAAAUUAAAAAACAACUUCAGAGAAACACAGUAUGCCAGCCUAAUAUUAUCCGCAACACUAAAGGACAAAAAUAGUUUGUCUGUGAAAAUUGAACUGGACUUCCCCCGAAUUCAGUCGAAUGGCGAUAAACCUUACUGCGUCUUCUGGAACACCAGCGAGGGUGACUGGUCAGAUGCGGGAUGCGCUGUCAAGUAUGGUAAUGCUGACAGCACUGUCUGCGAGUGCAAUCACCUGACUUCAUUCUCCGUCCUCAUGGCCAAGGAAGAUAUAUCUACAGAUGUCCUGGAUAUGAUUACCUAUGUGGGCCUGGGAGUGUCCAUCGGCUGCCUGGUGAUCUUCCUCACCGUUGAGUAUCUAGUGUGGGCAGCUGUGGUCAAGUCCAACCUUUCACAUUUCCGUCACACAGCCAUUGUGAACAUAGCCAUUUUCCUUUUGCUCGCUAACUGCAGUUUCCUGGUACCUGCAGAGAAAUUUGGGGAAAAUUGGUGCCACUUUUUUACAGUGUGCAAACACCUGUUUUUCUUAGCCAUGUUCAGCUGGAUGCUGUGCUUGAGUGUCAUGCUCGUCCACCAGCUCAUCUUUGUCUUCAACCCGCUGAGGAAAAGAGUCUUCAUGUUCCUUUCCAGCAUCAUAGGAUAUGUUUGCCCAAUCUUGAUAGUCGGAUCAAGUUAUGUGUUUUGCAAGUACACCGAAAAGCCAUACUAUGACAAGAAAACGUGCUGGCUGGUUUACGAAGGACUUUUGAGGGGGUCCAUUCAUGCUUUCCUUCUCCCUGUUGGUGCUGUGAUUUUUACAAAUCUCUUUUCCAUGGUAGUUGUCAUUGUUACUCUAUUAAAGUCCUCGGUCCCAGAUGGCAGCAAGUCAGAUGACAAGGAGACAGCCAAAGGCAUCAUCAAAGUGGUGGUCAUUCUAACGCCUGUCUUUGGAGUAACAUGGAUCAUUGGCUUCGGCCUGCUCCUAUUGGAUAAGGAAAACCCCUUUUACACUGUUGCUAACUACAGUUUUACCAUCCUAAACUCUUUCCAGGGCCUUUUCCUUCUGAUAACAGGCUGUUUUGCAGAGAAGAAGGUUCGAGAUGAAAUUAUAAAGCUCAUAAUGGCUAAAUUAAAAGGAAAUAAGGAGAGCACGAAGAAUUUGACUUCAACAACAUACACGAAAGACAAAUGAGGAUCGAGAUGGUGGAGACAGAGACAGCAGUCCACAUGAAUGCAGCACCACUUGGAGCCCACAACUCUGAGUCAACAUUGUGUUGGAUUUUAGUUCAUAGGUAGUUACAAAAAAUAUAUAGAUCAAAUAGAUAAAUGUCAUAAAAUUAGCUUAAUUGUUUCAGGUUGAUUAUAGUAUUUUUACAUCACAUUUGUUCUCGAAUUAAAUACAACACCCACGUUUCGCUAAUAUUUUUUUACAUGAUAGUAGACUUUUUUUAGUAUUAAUUGCAGCACUCUUCCAGCACUGACGUUUGUCACAAGAUUUUAAAUAAAAACAUCCACUCCAGCAAUUGAAAUCUAGCUGAUGCAUAACAUUUUUUAUGGGUUAAGCAACACAUCGAAUAAGUGCCAACAAAAUGCUGCAUAGUACCAAGCUGACACUGUGUGGUUAAAGUAGGGGCUUUAGAUUGCUAGAGACCCAAACCAUAUGAUUGGACGUUGUCGCCUCUGUAGCACUAAGUUAAGCGGACUGUAUUUGGGGCAUAAGUUAUAUAUAUAUAAUAAGUUAUUUUAUUAGUUUACUGUUUGGCAUGGUUUGAAUUUUGUUUGUUUUAAAGGAAAGUCUGUAAAUCAACACGUUUCUACUUGAACUAUAACCUGUGUAUCAUGUGUGUCGAACCACUAUAAAGAUAUAAGAGAUAAA